AUUUGUUUAAAGUGACAGAAAAUAAACUUUGAUUAUGGAGACUGAGGUUGAAUUAUUUAGCACAUAAAAUAUGUAAUAUGCGUUUUGUAUAAAUACCAAGGCGUAUUUUUGAAUAGACAGUUGCAUCCAACUCAUUGAUAACAGUGACACUUUUAGAAAAAAAAAUGUUUUCCUUUGUGGUUGCACUCCCUGUUUUUGUGACCCUGUGUGUAGCUGCACCGCAAGCUCCGCAAUCAGCAGCUCCGGCCCCCCCUCCAGCUGCAGCAGCUGCCACAAGUGGAAGCAACAAAGAACCCAUUCCAAUUGUAAGCCAGACAGACGAAAACAAUCCUGAUGGAAGCUUCCAAUUUAGUUUUGAAACAGGUAAUGGUAUAAAAGUAGAAGAAAAAGGAUAUUUAAAAGAUGGAGCUAAUGCUUCAGAGAAAAUUCAAGUCAUUGAAGGUUCUGUUUCCUACACCGAUAGUGAUGGAAAUCCUGUAAAUUUAAAGUAUAUUGCUGACGAAAACGGAUUCCAACCAGAAGGAGAUCACAUUCCAAAAGCUCCUGAUUCGCAAUUAGGAGCUCAACCAAAUGUUGCUGGGCCAAUUGCACCGCAACCUUAUUCCAGUCAAUCUGCACAACCUGCUCAAUCUGCUCAACCGGCUGAACCAGCUCAACCAGCCCCACCAGGUCAACCUGCUGGACAAUAGAUAGCUAAAAGACAAUUUUGGUGUUUACGCACACUAUACUGACUACGUGAUUUUUAUUGAAUAUAUUAUUAAUUUUUUUUAUUUUUUGUUAAAGUAUACCAAAUAAAAAUAUUUUGAAUGAUA